AAAGCCUUAGCGGCGUAGGGAUACAACGGAGCUACGCGUCGCUAGCAGGUGCACCACGUAGGGAAAUCACAAAUAAAAGACGAAUAAUGGCUUUCCGUUUGUUGUAUUGUCGUUACCAGUGAAAGAAGACACUUUCGGCACUCUCUGCAACCUUGUGCUUUCGUGAGAAUAAUGCCACGAACGUGUGCUUUCUGUUGACGUCUUUUCCUCAGAGUGACUGCAGCCUUUGCAUAUAGAAGUCAUUGACGCUACUACACAACACCAUGUCAGGUACCUACACACCAGCCCCUGGUGGGCCAUUCUCUGCUCUGACUCCUAGCAUGUGGCCCCAGGACAUUUUGGCCAAAUACCAUCAAAAAGACUCCCCAGAACAGUCUGAACUCCAUUAUGAUGAGUUUGGUUUCAGGAUGGACACUGAAGAUGGUGAGGAACCAAAGUCCUGGUUGGGCACUGAAGGCUCACCUCAGCGUGAAGAUCCCCAGCAGCGACUGCGCUGGCAAGCCCACCUAGAGUUCACCCACAACCACACUGUGGGUGACCUGACUUGGGAGUUAAUUGCCCCUGUCCUUCCACGCUCUGAGCGCCUGCGUUCUCUGGUGCUGGGGGGGAUUCCUCACAGCAUGAGGCCACAGCUUUGGAUGCGGCUGUCUGGAGCAUUGCAGAAGAAGAGGACCUCUGAGAUCUCUUACAGAGAAAUCAUCAAGAACAGCUCUAAUGAUGACACGACCACAGCUAAGCAGAUAGAGAAGGACCUGUUACGGACGAUGCCUACGAAUGCAUGUUUUAGCAGUUUGACCAGUGUUGGAGUGCCGAGGCUGAGACGGGUACUGAGGGGCCUCGCCUGGCUCUACCCAGACAUCGGGUACUGUCAGGGCACUGGCAUGGUGGUUUCUUGUUUGCUGCUCUUUCUUGAGGAGGAAGACGUAUUAUGGAUGAUGUGUGCUCUGAUCGAAGACCUCCUCCCUCCAUCCUACUUCUCCUCUACACUACUGGGUGUCCAAACAGACCAAAGGGUUCUCCGGCAGCUAAUUAUACAGUAUCUACCAGCCCUUGACCGCCUUCUACAGGAGCAUGACAUAGAGUUGUCGCUGAUCACGCUGCACUGGUUCCUGACAUCGUUUGCCAGUGUGGUGGACAUCCGUCUGCUGCUUAGAAUAUGGGACCUGCUCUUUUAUCAGGGUUCAUUGGUACUCUUUCAGAUCACACUGGGCAUGCUCAAGAUCAAGGAGGAGGAGCUCGUAUCAUCAGAGAACUCGGCGUCCAUUUUUAAUACGCUGUCAGACCUGCCAAGCCAGCUAAAAGAUGGGCCUGCCCUUCUUGGAGAGUCAAUGAGGCUAGCAGGGACACUGUCACAGGAAACUCUGGAUGCCCACCGACACAAACACCUAGCCUACAUCCUAAAUGAACAGGCUCAGCUCAAUAAUGGAAACAACACAACGCUUAACACCAAUCUCAACAAGGUGGUGAGGAGACAGUCUCUCCGCAGGAAGUCCACGCUGAGCUCACUGCUCUUUGGGGAGGAUGAGGCAGAAGCCCUGAAGUCUAAGAACAUCAAGCAGACAGAGCUGGUAGCUGCUCUGCGAGAGGCCAUAGCCCGCACUGCAGAGCAUUUCCACUGUUUGGACCCACGACACUCUAGCACAGACCUGACUCCUGACUACUCCAUGGAGAGCCACCAACGAGAUCAUGAAAACUUUCUUGUGGUGUCUCGCAACCGACGGAGACGUGCAAAGGCUCUGCUGGACUUUGAGCGACACGAUGAUGAUGAGCUAGGCUUCAGGAAAAAUGACAUAAUUACUAUUAUCUCACAGAAGGAUGAACACUGUUGGGUUGGUGAGCUCAAUGGCCUCAGAGGCUGGUUUCCAGCAAAGUUUGUGGAAAUCCUGGAUGAAAGAAGCAAGGAGUACUCAUUAGCAGGUGAUGACUCUGUAACGGAGGCUGUGACCGAUCUGGCCAGGGGGACUCUGUGCCCGGCCCUGAAGGCCAUCUUUCAGCAUGGCCUAAAGAAACCAUCAAUACUGGGAGGACCCUGCCAUCCUUGGUUAUUCAUAGAGGAGGCGGCUAGUAGAGAAGUGGAGCGGGACUUCAACUCUGUCUACUCCAGAUUGGUGCUUUGUAAAACCUACAGGUUAGAUGAAGAUGGGAAAGUUCUAACACCAGAGGAGCUGCUGUACAGAGCGGUGCAGUCAGUCAACAUGAGUCACGACACAGCACACGCCCAAAUGGAUGUCAAGUUUAGGUCUCUUGUCUGCGUUGGCCUUAAUGAGCAGGUGCUGCACCUGUGGUUGGAGGUGUUGUGCUCCAGUAUGGCAGCUGUAGAGAAAUGGUAUCACCCCUGGUCCUUCCUUCGUAGUCCAGGAUGGGUACAGAUCAAGUGUGAGCUCAGGGUCUUAUCAAAGUUUGCCUUCAGUCUCUCCCAAGAUUGUGAACUACCCGACAAGAAAGAGAAAUCAACUAUUCUGAAAGCAGACGUUAUGGAUGUGCUGGUUCAGCAUCACCUCUUUAGUUGGGAUCUCUAGGAGAAGGAGCAGAGGCCGCUAAAAGAGGGAGUGCAGGAUAUGUUGGUCAAACAUCACCUUUUCAGCUGGGACAUUGAUGGUUAGACACAGCCAAACCUGGUGAAUCCCACCCCGUCCUGCGUGUCUGUGCAUAUUUGAUGUCUUUUAUCUGUUUCUUACAGAUUGUAAACUUAAAUCAGGCACCACUGUCUGAUACUGUUAGUGAAUAUUUGUACUAUCUGAACCUUUCCCAGCUUCGGACAAAGGUAACACCCAAACAAUGAUGGCUGUCAAACUCUGAUGUCAUCAGAAAGGUCAACUGGGUUAUUUGAGACGAAGAAUCAAUGCAUUAACCUACAAACUUUAAAGUUUAUUUUUAUGCAGCCCCAGUGAAUGAGGUUCCACUACAUGGUUAAAACUAUUAUAUAGAGUUAUAUAAGAAAACACUCCUGUGUUACAGACUAGUCUGUACCUACUGGAAUGGAGUAUUUAUAUAGUACUCGUUGCACUGGCCAGUCAGCUUUUUGUAGCUGUGUGUUUUGUGUAGGUUGAAGACACACAGUGCAUUGUACUGCACUGUUUCUAAAGACUCUGGGUCUAAAACUGUAUCAGGUUAUCCUGAUGACAAACACUACACCUGUCAGUUAUUAUGACCAAAUGGAACAUUCCUAAACAUGGAGCUGUAAAGUUACAAGUUAUUUUUUGGGAGUAAUGCUACACUAAGAAUUCCACAAAGUAGUUAAUGAUGAAAUACAAAUGUUGUACAUGCCAAGAAAAGCCUUCUCAAAUUGUGAUACAAGACUAUCUGUAUGUGUGCUACCAUGACAAUGGUAGAAAACCAUAUGCACUUGACAACCUGAUGUAAAUGAAGCAGACUAGUUUGUGUUACAAUCCACAGUAAAUAAAUGUUGCAUACAUAUA